CUAUGAUUGCACUUUUAAUUUUGCUCGUGGCUUGGCCUGUGGUCAAUGGCCAGUAUUCAAACUGUGAUUAUUACCAGAAUAUGCAGUUGGACAUGGAUUACUAUGUAUAUUCACCAAACUAUCCAUCCAACUAUCCUCCUGGUUCUUCAUGUAGAUGGUACGCCGAAGCACCAAUCGGAUCAAGAAUUACUCUUACAUGUUCAUACAUUGAGCUUCCACAGUCAACUAACUGUGAUAAUGAUCGACUCCUUAUUUCACCAGCUGGAAAAGUGGAUUUGUCAGAUGCACAACGUUAUUGCGGAAAAGGAACGUUGACGCAAGUAUCUACAGCUAAUACUAUGAAUAUAGUUCUACAUUCUGUGAAUAAUGGUGGUAGUGGAAGAUUUUUAUGUUCAAUUAGAGCCACACAGUCAGCUCAGCAAUGCAAUUGUGGGUGGAAAAAAACGACUCGCAUUGUUGGGGGUGUUGAAACAGGCAUCAAUGAAUAUCCAAUGAUGGCAGGACUUAUAGACUAUACAAAUAAAAUAGUGUAUUGCGGCGCUACAAUCAUUAGCAACAGAUAUUUAGUCACAGCGGCACAUUGUGUGAUUAAUAGAAUUCCGAGUGGUUUAGGUGUGCUGGUUGGUGAUCACGAUAUUUCAACUGGUUCUGAAACAGGUUCAUCAAGAUUAUAUGGCGUAGAAAAUGUCAGAAUUCAUGAAAGAUUUGAUGCCGUAACAUAUCAAAAUGAUAUUGCAAUUAUAAGAACCAAUGCCGACAUAAAUUUUUCUCAAGAGGUUGGACCAGCUUGCUUACCUUUUAAUUACCGAGGAACAAAUUUUGCUGGUGCUUAUGUCACAGCCUUGGGCUGGGGAGCUACAGGAUUUGGGGAAACAACAUCAAAUCGUCUAAUGAAAGUACAACUCAACGUACAAACUAAUGAUGUUUGCUCGAAACAUUACCCAAAUCGCCUUGGUCCUGGGCAAUUAUGCACAUACGCUGAUGGCCAAGACUCAUGUCAGAAUGAUUCAGGUGGUCCUUUGUGCUAUGAAAAUUACAAUGCCGGCAGGGUAUUUCUAGUAGGCGUGAUUAGCUAUAGUAUUGGGUGUGCAACCACAACUCCAGGAGUUAAUACUAGGGUAACAAGUUACUUAGAUUGGAUCCAAGUAAAUACUCCCGACGCCCAAUAUUGUAUUAAAUAA